GUUUGAAACUGGCCUCAGUCGGCGUCCCCGGAGCUGAGGCGGAGUAGACGCUCCUGGUGUCGCUGCCCUUCGGCCUCGGCCUCCUCAGAGUCUCCAGCAUAUUGAAUAGCUAUGGAGGACUACACAAAAAUUGAGAAAAUUGGGGAAGGUACCUAUGGUGUUGUAUAUAAGGGUCGACAUAAAACUACAGGUCAGGUGGUAGCCAUGAAGAAAAUCAGAUUAGAGAGUGAGGAGGAAGGUGUUCCAAGUACUGCAAUUCGAGAAAUUUCUCUGUUAAAGGAACUUCGUCAUCCUAACAUUGUCAGCCUUCAAGAUGUACUUAUGCAAGAUGCUAGGCUCUACCUCAUUUUUGAAUUUCUCUCUAUGGACCUCAAGAAAUACUUGGAUUCCAUCCCUCCUGGCCAGUAUAUGGACUCUUCACUUGUUAAAAGUUAUUUGUACCAAAUCUUACAAGGCAUUGUCUUUUGUCACUCACGAAGAGUUCUUCACAGAGACUUGAAACCUCAGAAUCUGUUAAUAGAUGAUAAAGGUGUGAUUAAGCUAGCCGACUUUGGACUUGCACGGGCCUUUGGAAUACCUAUAAGGGUCUAUACACACGAGGUGGUCACACUAUGGUAUCGGUCUCCAGAGGUGCUGCUGGGGUCUGCCAGAUAUUCUACUCCAGUAGACAUUUGGAGUAUAGGCACAAUAUUUGCUGAAUUAGCAACCAAGAAGCCACUUUUCCACGGGGAUUCCGAAAUUGACCAGCUCUUCCGAAUCUUCAGGGCUUUGGGGACUCCUAAUAAUGAAGUGUGGCCGGAAGUUGAAUCGCUGCAGGAUUAUAAGAAUACAUUCCCCAAGUGGAAACCAGGAAGUUUGACGUCACAUGUCAAGAACCUUGAUGAAAACGGCAUAGAUUUGCUCUCUAAAAUGUUGGUCUAUGAUCCUGCCAAACGAAUUUCUGGCAAAAUGGCAUUGAACCAUCCAUAUUUUAAUGACCUGGACAGUCAGAUUAAGAAGCUCUAGUUGUCCAGCCAAGCGAUUCCUGGGGUUUUGUAUCAAGAAUGGAUAGUCCUCUUGUAAUGUUAAGCUCUGUCAACAUUUGUCUUUAUAUGUGUGUUUCCUAUCUUUGUUGUAAAAUUGAAGCUGUCCUCUGUUUUUCCAAGGUGUUGCAUAAAACUGUAAAUAUCAUUAUAAUGAAUAAUGCUCUAUGUAGAUCUCAUCAGUACAGCUGUUUUGUUUUCUAUAAAUAAAACUGUAAAUCCAGCAUUGAUGUGCAGGGUUUGGGGGAAGUUGGAGCUAAUUUUAAAACAAUAUUCUCCUAGAGUUUUUGCAUGUUUGAGAUGUUAUUUAGGAGCAUAAAUCAGACUCAAAUUUUAUUAUGUUACAAAAUAUCUUAAGACCCUUCCCUGGGUAUUUGUAUGUUUAAAUUGCAUUCCAAUUGCCUACAACAAUGUGAAACUUAAAUUUGUCUCAGUAUCAAAACUAACCACAGUGAAGGGGAAAUAAGGGUAUAGGACUUCAAAUAAUUUACCCAAUUAAAAGCCUAAAAUCACUAAUUAAGUUUAGAUUAUUCAUGUGGUAGGAUGUAACAUGCACACAUGGUAUCUUUCCCAUGACUUUCUACUUUAUAACUCAGAAUAAGAGAAUGAUAUGAAUUUGGCAGUAUACCUCGGUGCCUUAUAAAGCUGAAUAUGAGGGUGUGCUAAGGGCUUCUCAUAUCAGAAGAGCAAACAGCAAAUUCACCAAGUAUCCUAUGGACAGUUUGAGUUAGGAAAUUGUUUGAAUGGAUUCCUAGGCUUUGAGAAGAGGUAUCAACCAUGGGAAGGAGUUGGCGGAGCAUAGAUAUAGUUAGAGGUCGAAUUCAAACCCUUACAGAACAUAAUCACCAUUUCAUUUAUCAGUUACUUUUAAUGACGCACAUCUUCACUAAAACAACUAUUUUUGAGAAUGAAAUGUAUAUGUAAAUAGGAUAAUACCAGAUAAUGAUUGGCAACUUUAUGAUCGUUGAUAAUGCUACUCAAAGUGGCUUCCUAAUAGUUUUUGGUUAUAGCUAUGAAUGAGCUCUUACUUUCUGAAAGAAUGUUGAUGGUUUUUUUGUGGGGGAGGGGGCAGGGAGGGCACUUUGUGGGAGAGCUUUGUAAGGAGUUGUAUGAUACUAUAUUUAUGUUAGAUCCUAGAGUUAUUUUUCCCAAUCACUAGGCUAGAUAGGCCUUCCUUUUCCUUUUCACUCUGCCCUGUCCUCUUUGGCCUCCCAACAAUUUGCCAUGAUCGAAAGUAUCAGUCUACAUUGGUGCUCUUUACCUCCAUGUAAAUAGCCCCCAUUGCCCGAGUUCUUUGGGCUAUCCCUGAGCACUUGUUCUACAGUUAUCCCAAAGGGGGCUGUGAGUGUUAUGGGGAUGCUUUUGGCCCUUCCCCCUUAAGAAGUCAAGGUAAACUGGCCCUGUUUGCGUUUGGAUCCUGGGACAUGGAUAUUUCAUUUUAAGCUGCCCUGGGAACCUUCAUGGAUUCAUUCCCUUGCUAAAAAUUUGGCUGUAGAACUGCUCUGAAACUCAUUUGUCUCAGAUACAUAGGUAGCAAGACCACAAGCAUUUGGGAAGAGGGAAGACUAUGCAGUUUUCCCAUUCUUUAGGAAAUGGCCUUUUGGGACAUAUUUACUUAUUUAUCCUUAUCUAUAUGAAAUAGGUAAUUUGUGUGUAGUUCAGCAUAAAUUAGAGAAGCUAUUUGCAGUAAUCUAAGUUAAUAUUAAAUUAUAGUGCUAGUUGGAAACUUUUUAGCUCUAUGUUGAUAAGAAGGAUUUUACUGCAUGAAAUUUAGUGUUAGUUUUCAGUCAGUAUGGAUGAUUCUGAAGAGCACUUGGGGUAUUUUGGAGCAAGUUGAUUUCAUCUACAUUGGCUCUUCAGUGCAAGAGGGAUCAGGGAUCUCUAUUGGGUUCCUUGUUUGGUCAGGUGGAAGGCAUUACUGAGAGCCACUGUUUUCAGUUUAAUACAUGAAGUUUUUGAGACUAUUUGGUGAAUACAGAAGAAUUAGAGUCACCCUCUACUUUUACUGCAUUUGUUUAAAAAAAAAAUAGAGGCAUAGCACAUUCUGCUGGAAAGUAUUACUAACUGGCACUUUAUAUGACAUUUCAGUCUUAAGGGAUGGAUAAUAAAAUUGCAGUUUACAAUUAUAA